UUUGCCCCAAAGUAAAAUACCAACUUUACCAAUUUACCCCCUGAUUGGCGAUUUUUGUGAAUCAGACUUAUUGACAAGUAUUUACUCGUAUAAUCGUGCCACAAGCAGUCGCCUGAAUUUACAAACCACAGUAUAAAAUCGGCGGCGACUUCUUCAAACUCCGGCUACUUUUUCGGCAAUGGAAGCACCCCAAAACCUAAUUAUUGAAGAUGGUUUCUCAGCAGAGAAACUUUUUAAUCAGGGGUAUUCAUAUACCUAUGAUGAUGUUAUCUUUCUCCCUCAUUAUAUUGAUUUCGCAACGGAUUCGGUUCAGCUUCAUACCAAGCUUACCAGAAACAUUUCUCUAUCUAUCCCUUGUGUCUCCUCUCCUAUGGACACUGUCACUGAGUCUUACAUGGCGGUAGCUAUGGCGUCCCUUGGUGGGAUUGGUAUCUUACAUUCCAACAAUACCCCCUCUGAGCAAUUUGCUCUUCUUCAGUCUGCCAAGUCCCGUCGUAUCCCUUUUGUUUCUGAUUUUGAGGUUAAGUCUCCCUCGGAUGUGAUUGAGUCGGAGGGUGAUUUUGGUUACGCGAGUCUGAUUUUGGUUACUGAGACGGGGAGCAGGAAAUCAAGGGUUUUGGGGUAUGUACUGAAGUCUGAUUGGGUAGACUUGAAGAAUAAGGAUGGUAAAGUUUGUGAUUAUAUGUCGAAAUUGGAUUUUUCUGUGCCAAGUAGCUAUCAGUUGGACCAAAUUGCUGGGUUUUUGGGAGAGAAAGGGGUUAAAUUGGUGCCAACUGUGAGAGAGAGUGAUGGGGAAGUUGUCGAUUUGGUGGCAUUGGAGGAUAUAGAGAGGAUUCAAGAAUUUCCAAAGAGAGGUUUGCCGUCGUUGACACCUAAUGGGGAUUUCUUGGUGGGAGCUGCAAUAGGGACCAGAGAAUCAGAUAAAGAGAGGUUGGAAUAUUUGGUCAAGGGCGGUGUUGAUGCAGUGGUGUUGGAUAGUUCUCAAGGGAAUUCUACUUAUCAGUUGGAUAUGAUUAAGUAUAUAAAAAAGACAUACCCAGAAUUGGAUGUCAUUGGAGGGAAUGUAGUGACUAAAUACCAAGCUCAAAACUUGAUUCAAGCCGGAGUUGAUGGGCUGAGAGUUGGUAUGGGAUCUGGGUCAAUUUGUACCACUCAGGAGGUCUGUGCUGUGGGUAGAGGACAGGCUACUGCUGUAUACAAAGUUUCAUCUAUUGCUUCACAAAGUGGUGUCCCUGUCAUUGCUGAUGGGGGCAUAUCAAACUCCGGACACAUUGUUAAAGCGUUGGUUCUUGGGGCUUCUACUGUGAUGAUGGGAAGCUAUCUUGCUGGUAGCAAUGAGGCUCCUGGUGCUUAUGUAGUUCAGGAUGGUCGUCGUCUUAAGAAAUAUCGAGGAAUGGGCUCUUUGGAAGCAAUGACAAAAGGAAGUGAUCAGCGAUAUCUUGGGGACAAGUCUAAGCUUAAAAUUGCGCAAGGUGUUGUUGGAGCUGUUGCAGACAAGGGUUCUGUUCUAAAGUUUGUUCCAUAUGCAAUGCAUGCAGUUAAACAAGGUUUCCAGGAUCUUGGUGCCUCCUCACUUCAGUCAGCCCAUGAUCUAUUGAGAUCAGAAGUAUUAAGACUGGAGGCUCGAACUGGUGCAGCACAAGCUGAAGGUGGGGUCCAUGGCCUAGUGUCUUAUGAGAAGAAGGCAUUUUAAUAUAAGCAUGCUGACAUAUGCCUAGGGAUGCAGUAUAUAAAUAUACACAACCGAGCUUUGACUUAUUGAUCAAAUUGUAUGCUUUAUCUUGCUCUUUGAUUCUGCUCUUUGUUUCUCCAUAUACAAAACUGAGCUUUGACAAUGAUCAGUGGUUUUUGAGAACCUAUUGUUGUAUCUUGUAUGUUUAUCACAACAAUCAAAAUUUAUGUUACUUGAAUCUCCUCAGCUCUUUUCACUCUCU